AUGCUCUUCAAAUGGCGGGGACGCGGAAGUCAGAAGUACGGUCAGGUGUUGUUUCUCUUCUUCCUGGUCCUCCUCAUCUAUCAUGCACUGUCCGGGGGCGACAUCAUCACCACCACCACACGAACACACGAUGCUACGCCUGGAGAAUCAACCAAGAAUCUCAAUCCCUUCAUCGAGGAUCACGCACGGUUCUGGCGGGCUUUGUACUCGCACAUCCUCUUCAACGACCCGGAAUGCACGCCUCCAGAGCUCGUGGGCAUUCCGCACAAACUCGAUGUCAUGUACGACCCAAAGCAUGAGCCUCCACGACCCGACAUCUUAUGGCUGCAACCUGCCGAUGUCCAGAAGCUCAAAUCUGCGCACGCCAAGUUCCUGGACGACGUUCGUACCAAGAGCCCUCAGAUUCCCUUCCAGCCAGACUCCCGAGGUAUCGUGGUGACGGCCGGCUUCAGCCAACUCCCAGUCGUGGCCAUCAGUCUACGUAUGCUCCGCCGCACUGGCUGCACCCUUCCUGUUGAGGUCUUCCUCGCCUCCCAGGCCGACCAUGACACCUUCGUAUGCGAUCACAUAUUCCCCUCAUUGAACGCCAAAUGCCUGGUCUUCCAGGAUAUCGUUGUUGCUGCCGGCACCGGUGUAAUUCUCACCCGUUUCCAGUACAAGAUCAUGGCCCUCCUCUUCUCCUCGUUUGAAUCCGUCCUCCUACUCGACUCGGACGCCUUCCCGGCUACCAACCCUACUGAUCUCUUCAGUCAUCCAGUCUUUACCUCCCAUGGUCUGAUCUUAUGGCCUGACUUCUGGUACCCCUCAGAAUCUCCUUACUACUUUGAAAUCGCCUCCAUCCACUCAAUCCCGCCCCUCAACGCCCGUCCCGCGACCGAGUCGGGGGAGAUCCUGCUCAACAAAUCGCAGCAUGACAUGACCCUCAUUCUCGCCGCCUACUACAACUACUACGGACCAGAUAUAUACUACCCGCUGCACUCCCAAGGCGCCCCCGGCCAAGGCGACAAGGAAACUUUCCGCUGGGCCGCCGUCGCCACCAACUCCACCUUCUACUUCGUCCACACCCCCGUACUCGCCCUAGGCCACGUCGACUCCAACGGCGAAUUCUUCGGCAGCGCCAUGGCGCAGCACGACCCCCGUGCCGACUGGGCGACGCACCGACUCCGCAGUCCACACCCCGGCACCGAAAUCGACAACGACAACGACAACGCCGACGACGAUGCCUCUUACCCAGCCCCUCGCCAGCGGCCCCAAGAGGCCGCGCUCGCAAACCCAGACCCAAAACAUCCCACUACUCCAGACAUCCGUGUCCCUCCACUCUUCAUCCACGCCAAUUUCCCCAAAUUCGACCCGGGCACGCUCUUCCUCUCCACCACACAACCGCCGGGCCGCGUGGGCCCCACGUUCGACAGCAACGGCACGAGCGUGCGGCCGUGGGACGACACGCUGCGUGCCCCCUAUGACUACGUGGGCUAUGAUCUCGAGGCGGCGUUUUGGGAAGAGAUCAAGUAUGUGAGCUGUGAGUGGCAGGAGGGGAUGGGCGCGUGGCGGAAAGUGAGGGGUGAGGGGGUCGAUGUCUGUAUGGUUGUGAGGCGGUGGGCGGAGAAGGUGUUUGGUCAGAAAGGGGCGAAAGGGGAAGAUACAGAUCAAGGCGAGCCGGCCGGAAGAGCUGGCGGUGAAGAGAAUGGGCUACCUGGGGAGUGA